AUGGAGUCUGGAUCUGGAUCUCUGCGUCAAAGGUCCGCGGCGCGGAUCGCCGCACUAAGAGGCCAAUUAGUGACGGGAACGGUGCCGAGUAGGAAUGACACCCGAACACCAAAUACAACGACAACGAACCAAAGUCAGAAUCCCGACAAAGAUGGCUACCCAGCGAAAAUUCCUCUUACGUACUAUCCGCUCGAAACACAAAAAGCUUUCACUUACAAUGAGAACCGGAUGAAGAGCAAGCUAUACGCGAAAUACUGCAACAAAGAUCUCUACCUCUACGCCGACAUUCCGCAGUAUAUCCGCGAGCCAAUGCCAGUAGAGGGCAUUCUCCCAAUCACAGAAUCGCGCCGCCUGCUGGAACCGGGCUACCACGCUCACGAGAAUGGAUGGCGUUCCCUCCCCGACGGGACAGCGUACGUCACGUCACGGACUCGUUUCCCUGGAUCGACAGGAGACAUGGUCCGCUGGUGGUUCUGGUGGCACAGCGUUGAGCCCGAGCGCUAUGCCCUGUGGUUUCCGUACGACCACCUGGCCGCGCGAUCGACUUACGCGGACCGGCUACAUCGCACUGACCUCUCUCACACGCAAAAAUGGCUCGGCUCCACGCACCGUGUAACGGAGUUUAUCGGUGCAACCAAGAUGACCGUGAAUAUCCACUUUGUCGACCCGGCGCAGUACGGCCUGCCGUGGGAGGAGCUCAAAGCUGCGGGUUACGAGGCCGCUGUUUGUGCGGAAUUGCGCGAUGGCCUGGUUUCAAACCUCAAAAUUGGGGAUUUCCUUCACCUCUGGCGCAAGACUGAGGAUGGUCUCGAACUGCGAAGUCGGUAUUGGCUUGGUGGGGGCAUUCACUACAAAGUGAUGGGUAUGAAGGUUGGGAUCGACUACCUUGCUGGCGCGCUGGGUUUCAAGCAUCGCAUGGCUGGAGACAACAUUGCCUAUGAGCAUUUCAUUCAUGAUCAGACCGAGUUCACUAAUUUGGCUUCUUUCCUGCCAAGUUUGUACGCAGAUUAUAUGGACGGGAAGCUUUGA